UCUACUGGAUAUGGGCCUUAAAAGAACAAAUGGACCCAAAAAAAGAAGAGAAAACAAAAAUCAAUUCUCCCCCCCUAAGUAUCCAAUAUAUAAAUCGAGGUCAUGCCGCCAUGUACUUCUUCGUAGGUUAUGACUUAUGACAACUCACUCAAUCAAAUCUCAGCCGUUGAUCUCAGCCAAUACCUCAUCUUGGACGUUGAUUAUGCAUCGUCUCCUCGUCUAUACCAAAAAUAGUCUUCUCUGACACGAGACAGAGUCUCAGAGACAGAACAGAGACUCCAUGAAAAGCCUUCUUCUCCGUUCAUUAUACUAAAAACAAAACAAAAUCAAAUUUCCUGCGCCAAAAAAAAAAAAAAUCCAGAAGAAGAAAACAGAUAUUUAGGGUUUCUCAAAAUCAAACAAUUAUCAAUACCUUGUUUUUUUUUUCUUUUUUUUUUUUGCAUAGAUUACGAAAUUUAAUUCAUUCUCUCCAAUUACGAAAUUUGCUUAUAUUUUUUUUUUCCUUUUUUCGUUUACGCGAUAGAAAAAAAAAACGAGGAUCGCGCAGAGAAAUUGAUUUUGGUUUUUCUGUUUCUCUGUUUCGUGGACGGGAGACAAAAUUCUCGAAAGUAGCAUUUUGGAUUUUUCUCUCGAAUUUCUGGGUCGCCAAGGGAAUUGGCUUCAGCUGGAUUUUUUUGUUUUCCCGAGAAAAUUAUCAACCGUAUAAAGCUUCCGAUGAUUUAGGGCUUAGUGCGAUUUAGGUCUCUUCCUGUAAUUUUUCGCGAUUCUCUGGAUAAUUUUGUGGUUGGUGUGUGAGAAUCUUGGAAUUGGGAAUGGAGUCUCCGAUCAAAUGUUGCGACUGUGGAUGCGAUUGUUGUUCUUCCUCAGGUUCAUGGAUUCGAUCUGUGAAGAAGAGAAGACACGAUGAAUUACAGACCGAGAAACGCUUCUCUAUACCGGAGCUGGAUGACCUAGACAUGUUCUCUAAUCCUAGAGUCCAAAUCGAGAACGAAUGUGAAUUACUACGCGAGACUGUUAGCAAUCAACAGCAAACGAUUCAGGAUUUGUAUCAUGAGCUCGAGGAAGAGCGUAUUGCUUCAUCAACAGCUGUAGAUGAAGCACUGAAUCUGAUUGGGAAGUUGCAGAAGGAAAAGACUGAUAUGCUGAUGGAACUGACACAGCUUCAGCGUUGUGUUAAGGACAGAUUGACUUAUGAAAACGCAGAGAUUGAGGCAUUGGAAGCUGUGGUUUAUCAAAGGGAUCAGACGAUUCAGGCUCUUACAUUUGAAACUCAGGCUUAUAAGCACAGAAUGAUGAGCUUUGGGCUAACCGAGGCAGAAGCUGAUGGUGAGAGGAACUUGCUUAGUCGUAACCCGAGCAUGAUCGACAUUAAUUCCGAAUACGACUUCCCUAUACCUGAUUACCCUCCUCUAAAGUGCAAUAUUAAUGAGAACCAAGAUCCUCUUGAGGCUGAUAUCUAUGUUGCAGAUGAUGAAAACUACCCACCAGCUGAUUCCCCUCAUGGACGAGAACAUUUGAAGACUUUGGAUCGAAGACUCAGCCAGAUGGAGACAUAUCCUAGCUUUACUCAGUUGAAUGGCGACUCCCCGAGAUUUACUCAGUUGAAUGGCGAUUCCCCGAGAGCGAGAGGGAGAGAUGUUUCAGAGAAGUCAAUGGUUGGUCAGAGUCCUAGGCGUCAAAGACAUUUUAGGAGGAUUUCCCCUACUGGUUCAAGUUCACACUUGGGAGCAUCUAAAGAACUAAGACCUGAUGCUUUUGUUGAUUCCCCGAGGUCCAGAAGCUACAUGAAAAUGGAAGAUGUCUCAUAUACAGAGAAUAAUAAUGCUAAAGACGACUCAUCGGAAAUAGGAGAUGACAUGAGUGAUAGAGUUUAUACCAUUGAUUCUGUCCAUCACAGCAGUGUGUCUCAUAGUGGCGGUGUAACUGAGCAGAAGCUUGAGGAUGGCACUUCUGAUGGCAAUGUGGUUUUCCCGAGAGAACACACGGAUCUUGGUGAUCCUAAUAUAACGAAACUCUACAUGAGGCUUCAAGCACUGGAGGCUGACAGGGAAUCAAUGAAACAUGCGCUUCUCUCUAUGAGGACUGAAAAGGCUCAAAUGGUACUGUUGAAAGAAAUUGCUCAACAUUUGUCAAAGGAAGUUGUCCCUCAACGGAGAUUGCCUCUACGUAAAGCGUCUAUUGCUAGGCCAUUGACUUUCACGCCGGUCUUUAAGUGGAUCACAUCUUUUGUUUCCUGGAAAAGAAAGGCUCGUCGAAGCAAAUACAUGUUUGGAAUGUCAGGAAACAACAUCGGCUUGCAAAUGCUUCUAGAAAAAGUCCCUCGGUCACGAAAAUGGCGAUGUCUUAGGAGCACGCAAGUGUGAAACAGAUAAAAACCAUUUCAAGCAAACAAAAUCACUCUCCUGACUCUAGAAUUCGAAGCACAUAAUGUCAAAUACUGAUGGAUUGGAUUGCGAGGUAACAUUUGUGUGGCUUUCUUCAACUUGAAUUGGAUUCUCGUUCUUGGGUUGCAGAAAAAAAGUAUGUGAUGUGCACUUUUCAAUCGGUUUUCCCUAAUAUUUCAACUAUUGUAUAAAAGAAUUGGGUUGAAGAAUGAUAUAACUCAGAGGCUAUACAAUCUUUGUAUGGUUUCUAACAUAAAUUGUUUCAUUCAUGGAUUUGUUUUUCAAUA